GCAACAAGUAACCCCAAUAUUCUUUUUCUCCGCUCUCCGCGUCUCAGUACGGAAACCUUACGGUUUGGAUCAUCAUCGAACUAAGCAGCAAUCAUGGAUUCUUAUCUUCCUGCCACAAAUGGGACAAUGCUUCUGGCAGAGGAAACGGAAGACCCAUCUAAAAAAGUAUCCAUUCUUUGUAGGGUACUUCAUGAUCCUUCUUCUUCCUCGUUUACUUUGAGCAUCAAAGAGCUGGCCAUCGUAAACCUCACUGAGCAGUUCAUGGAAAAGAAUAGGGCAGUGGAUCUAUGCAGCCUUCUUACUCAUUUGAGGUUCUUCUUUUCCUUGAUUCCAACGGCACAAACGGCAAAAGUUAUGAGGAGAGUAAUUGAUUCCGUUGGUGAAAUACCAGGAAGUUCUGAUCUACAAAUUAUAAUCUGUAAAGAAAUGGUGCAAUGGGCUCGUGCUGAAAGGCGUAGCCUUCUGAGGCAGCGACUUGAGGCAAGACUUGCUGCACUACUUGUGGAAAAUAAGGAGUAUUGGGAAGCUUUGGCUCUCCUCAAUGGCCUGAUCAAAGAGGUUAGAAGAAUAGACAACAAGCUUCUACUUGUAGAAAUACACUUGCUUGAAAGCAAGCUACACGUUUCCUUGGGAUGCCUUCGAAAGGCAAACGCCGCCCUAACAGCUGCAAGGACAGCUGCAAAUAAUGCUGUUCGUGUUCCUCAAGAUCUACAAGGUGCCAUGGAAUUACAGAAUGGGAUUCUUCGUGCCGAGGACAAGGAUUACAAUACUGCACACCAUUAUUUCGGUGAAGCUUUUGUGUGUUUCUGUUCUAUUAAAGAGGUCGACCCCAGGGAGGUACUUAGCCUGAAAUACUGGCUGUUGUGUAAGAUCAUGGUGGGUCAAGGUCAUCUUGUGCCCGGAAUUUUAUCAAGAGUAUUUUUCACGAUUGGUUGUCCUGUACCCCCCGUCUUGGCUGUCUUGACACAAGCAGCUGAUGCUGUUUGCAGGCUAUCUCUGCAAUCAUUCAAAAUCGUUUUUGAAAAGUACAAGCCUGAGUUGGAGGAAGACCCAUUUGUCCACAAACACCUUUCAUUCCUGCAUGGUAAUCUUCUGGAACGCAACCUUCGCAGAUUGAUCGAACCUUUCUCAAGGGUUGAGAUUGCACACGUUUCUGAACUAAUUGGACUUCCUGUUCAUCAUGUGGAACGAAAGUUGUCUCAGAUGAUUUUGGACAGGAAGUUGGCUGGGAAAUUGGAUCAAUCUGGAUGCCUUGUGAUAUUUGAUAAUCCUAAAACAGGUGCCUUACACCUUUCAACCUUGCAAACCAUUUUUAUUAUUGGGAAAGUCGUGGACAGUCUUUAUGCUAGGUCUGCCAAGAUAAUUGCAUGAGGCUCUUCAUCCCUCACUUCCUUACCUUCUCUUCACAAUUUGUAGGAUACCCUUUGUUUUUUUUUUCCCGAAUUUGUUGGACUCGAAAACUACAUGGGGAGUUGUAAAUGGU